ACCUGGGGGCAGCUGUGAGUCCGGCUUCUGCUGACUUGAGAGCUAAGCUUAUCACCACAUACACCAUCCCAGGGAAACCGGGACACCCACAGACACCCACAAAUGGAAGAAGCGAGCCUCCUUUCUCAGGAUUCCACAGUUCUGGCUGUUGGAAGAAGCCUCUGCUACCUGCACGCCUAGCCCACGCAGCCAGCCAGCUCCUCCUAAGAAUCUAAGCCGGCUAGCUUAGAUACACUCCUGUUGCAGAUGAACUGCUAAACACCCAGACAGCUUGCUGGAGCCAUUUCAAAAGCUGAAAGAUAUCUCUUCAAUGUGUAAACAUUCUUUGUUUUGAUUCUCCACAUAAAUCUUUAGGUUCACGGUUUAUGCUGAGUGAUUAUGGCUGUCAACACAUCACCUGUGAUUGAUAAAUUUGGAGUCACGUCUUCCUCUUGCCAUGAAAAACUCUUGAGGUUUAAUUUUCAAAGUAUAAAGAAAAGAAAGAAUAAUUCAUUAAUGCCAUCAUUUUCAAUCACAAAAGAAUUCAUCUUGAGAUUCAACCAAACAAAAAAUCCAAAAGAGGAGGAAAAAUUAUUGGACCUAGCUAGAAAAAACAUUCUCAGAUGUAAGAGAAAAUUGGGUCUCAAAACCUUAGGCUCCGGGAAGCACGUACAUCUUCCUACAGCAUGGACUGAAGUAGUAUAUUUGGCUCAAUGCAAAGGAGAAAUCCAAGAUGAAGCUUUAAAUAUGCUUUAUGCUUCCCUGGACCAUGCUUCCUUUGAUUAUGAUCAUCUGCCUGCCUUAUUUUUUGUUGCGGAAUCAGUUUUAUAUAGACUCUAUUGUGAUGCAUUCCUAAAGACAUACUUAUAUACAGUUGAAAUAAAGCUAGCAAAGAUUGGCUAUUUGGUCUUCUUACGACUUUUUAUAUAUUUCCUGCAUGGUCACCUAGAAAAUUUUAAACAACAUUUACUUAGGCUUCAAUCAUAUGUAUACGCACUUUCUGUCUCUGAAGAAUUAUAUUACAAAUAUCCAAACAUCUUUUCAAAUGUGCAAUUCAUUCUGAAAACCAUGGAAAUUAUGUGUAAAAGAGAACUCCUUUCUGGAUCAACUUUUGGCUCUGUGGAAAACAAGAAAAGAUAUGAGAACAUUGAUUCUGAUAUGGUGCGUAUAUCCUGGUGCAUGGUAAAUCAGUUGGAUUCAACACUGGCUUUGUUGGUCCUUGGGGAGGCUGCCAAAUUAAACAUGGCCUGCUUGAAAGCCUUAAUGGAACUAAUGAAACAUUUUCUUUUAAGCAUUCUGUCUGUUCAGAAUCAGGAAGAAACUUGCAAGGUAAAUGAUUUUUCCUGGGCCUGGAAUGUAGUCUAUUUAUACACAACAAAUCUUGCAGAAAUCUGCUUGUAUGCGGCCACUUCUAACUUGCGAAAAACGGCUUUUGUUGGUUUCUGUGACUGUAGAAGUUUACAAAAAGAUAAUUUACACAUGGACAAAUCAGAAGAACCACCAGAAUUGAGGGAAACAAGUAUUUCAGGUCUUUUGGAAUAUUUCUCUUCAAAAAUGUCAGAUAACUGUGAUCCAGUGAUAUGGACAGGAUACUAUGGCUUAGUGUACAACCUGGUAAAAAUGUUAUGGGAACUUCGAGGAGAUGAGGGGCAGGAUGGAUUCAGAGACAUAAUAUGGCAAACAUUACAGAAAACGAGGAAUCAUGAGAAAGAUGGGCGAAUCCUUAAUGCAGUAAAUAUAGCUCAGGCUGAGUUAAAUGACCCAACGGAUCCUUUUGCUAAUUAUAAUACAGAAGUUUCAUCAAAUGUAGGGGAUGAAAUUUUCUCUAAAUAUAUAGGAUGGAGAAUUGCCAAUACGCUUUCCAAACUAUUCUUCCCCUCCACUGAUGCCUGUGUUCUUCCUUUGAAAAAACCACUGAUAAAACGAGAUCAAAUGAAGUAUCUGAGUAAAAAGGACUCCAUGAAGAAGAGAGUUCUACAUUUCACUGUCAGGGAACAUCCUUCCAUGUCAGAACUCCCCAUGUUUCCUUAUCCAGAUUUCUUCACCAGGGCUGAUGAGGAGUUGGCAAGAAUCAUUGACCAUCAUUGGCAGAAAGAGCUCAAGACCAGACAGGAAGAAGAUACAAUAUGUGAGGCCAAAGAACGUAAAAAUAAAGAGUCAGAGGAAGAAAAUCGCUUCAGAGAGAUUAUGAAGAGAAGAGAAGAGAAACUACACAAGCACACCAAACCCUAUGAGCUUCCUACUAGGACUGAAGUAAUCUCAUUAGAAAAGAAAAUGACCCCCAAAAUUGAGGUCCAUGGGCCAGAAAUUCAGUAUAUGAAAGAGACCAGGAUAGAUACAUGCUAGGAAAAUUUAUUCCAAUUAACUGGAGGCCAUGUCUUAGGAAGGAGUUGUUACCCUGUAUAGGCUCUUUAAUAGUCAUGUCUUAGUCCUGUAUUAAGAGUUAGCUCUUAAUCACAUUUGAGUGAAAUGACUUUACUAGUUAAACAUUUUCAAGAAUACAGCUAGAGCUUUUCCUAAUUGACUCUUAUCUUGUCCUCAUAGAGCAUGCUUAAUCAAUGACUCUCAGAAUAUUGAUAUUCAUUGGACAGCUCAAUGGAAAUGACUUACAAAUUAUUAAUGAGUUACAUUUAAGAAUUAUUACUUGAAUGUGGACAACUGAUACUCCUAUAAUAACUAUUAUACAAAUAAAAGAAG